UGGCUUUGACAUCGUACAAAGGUUCACAGACAAAUAUUGAAUUGACACCGAUACUCUCCGUUGGCAUAUUUGUGGGCAUAUUAGUGGCAAUUGUGUGCAUUGGCAUCGGUACAAUUGCCGCAUUGAAAUUGCGCUCGCACAAACAACAGCAAAAAUAUCAACAUCAAAAUCAGAGAUUCUCACGUCCUGACAAUUUGCAAAUUAAAGAUAAAAGCUCUCUGCCAUUAAGUCAUACCGAAGAUUCCAGGUACGAUGAAAAGAAGAAUGACGAAAAGAAUCCGGAUGUGGUGCCAUAUAAAGAAGUCGAUGGUGAAUAUAAACAGAAAUCAGCAACACAAACACCAUCCGGUCAUUUAUCGACAACCAGUGAAGCGGAAAUCAGCUGUAAGGCCACAAAUGAUGAACGUGUCCUCUAUCAAAGCAAUAAUGAUGAGGAGCUACACUAUGCUGAACUCUCAUUGCCAUCGGGCGGUGGUGGUGCCUCCAGUUCAGCAGCCAAAAAAUCAAUUUCGGUCGACUGUAGCAGUAGCAUGCUGCUACAGGGUGCCGGUAUUAAUCCCAAUCUCGGUGGCAUCACUGGCGGCACACUGCCCCACGGCAGCAGUGUACGCAAACUCUUGCCCACAAUACCGGCCACGAGUACCCUGCAACGUAACAAAACAAUAGCACCGCCUCCAUCGUAUGACUACUUCGAGGAGCCAACGAUAUAUGCCCAAAUAGAUCACUACAAGAACGCCAAUGCCAGUGCUAGCAACUCCAGCUCGGUGUCACCCUUCCCGCCCUGUAUAUCGUCACCGAAUUCCCAGGGCACUCCUUCCACUGUGUCGCCGGGCACUGUACAAAUGUAUACGCUACCACCCCACCCUGGGGGCUAUCAUACUCUGCCUCAUAAUCAUCAUCAACAGAAUGUGCCUCCACACAGUUCCACUACCACAUCUAUGAUGCAAAUGAUGGGUAAUGCUCAAAAUCCUGCGGCCGCCAACAGUAGUAGCAGUAGUAGUGGUGCAACACCGGCAUCCCAGUAUCAUCAUGGCACCCUGCCCAUGCCGCCCACAUACCAACAACACCAGCAACAGCAACAACAACAAAUGCAUUUACAGCAGCUGCCCUCGCCACCAUUGGGACAGGUAUUGGUAUCGAGUAACAGCAGCGGUUUGGCAACGGCGGCUGUCACAAGUCCCAGUAGUUCGAUAUCAGGACUGUCGGCCGUGGGAAAAUCCUAUUCCCGGGAAAUUGUUACAGUGCGGACACCGUUGAUGUAUUCGCAGCAAGAGAGUUGUGUUUAAGUGUAAAAAGGAGAAGAAUAACCGCAACUUAGUCAU